UAUCAAACAGGAGAAAUAAACACAAUCAAAAUACAAAACAAGAGAAAUGCGUAGAAAAAUAAAAGACACAUGUUAGAGAACAUGUUGCAGAGCGCGUAGUGUGGCUGCUCAUGAGCAAUACAGAAAACUUUGUAAAUAUUUGCAUCUCUUUGCAGUGGUAAGGUGGAGCGGUCGUGGUCUGGUGCCAGUUUUCUAGGUUAAUCUGUAGGUGUGAAUAUGAAGGUGCAUUGUUGUCUGCCUCCGUGCUCGCCCUGUGAUUGAUUACAGCUGGGACCAACUGCAGAAAAUGGGUGGACUGGUUUCAGUUUGUUCUAUUGCUCCAGUUUUGUGCUAUAUUUUGUAGCACCCUAUAAUAUUAGAAAUGAGACAGAACCCCAAUCAUUAGAUGAUCCCGUCUGAGCAAGAACUCGGACGGUGGUGAUGAAGUCUGUCUUUCAACAUGAAGAGAGCAAAGGAGGGAAACAGAAAAUAAAAGAAGAAAGAAGCAGAAACAGGACAAAACACAAACUACAGGAGGGUGUAGACAAAGUGUGCUACAGAGACCUAUACAGGCAUGGUUAGUAAAAAUGAAUGUUGUGAACAUGCUCAGUGCAUCACAGGAAGUCCUCCAACAGCCUGAACAUUAAGCAGCACAAAUAAAGAUGCAAUGUUACAUUUCACGAGCUGUAAAAUGAGUCAAGAAUGUUCAUGAUGUGUGAAUAUUCACUUCAAUAAACUGUGCCUGAUAGCAACACUGACAAUAUGGACUCGUUCACCAUCUGUGCUUGUAUGAUGCUAAAGUUAGUGCUGUGUUCAGCAAAAGCAUUUUCCACAUGAUCGAAUUUGUUAACAAACUCUGCUUUGUCCAGUUUGGCGUGUUUUACAUGUUUAAUGCAUUAUUACAUGUUUUGCUCAUUAGUUACAACAUAAACUAAGAAGCAGCUGGCAGUGGAGAGCCAGGUUAGUGUUUCACCUCAGGGCUGGAUCUAUGGCUGUGCAUCAGGAGCAGGUCACCUGCAAACCAGCAGGUUUGUGUUUGCAUGUCUGUGGGCAAGAUGCUAACCAAUUCUAAAUGUGAGUGAACAGUAGCUACGAAAAAACGUGCUUGCAUGAAUUAAGGUGUCUGCUUACGUCGCCACCCACAACUAGUCACAGAAACGGGCUGCCUGUCAUAAAGCAGGGUCUUUAUCUUAUGAAGCAGCACCUUGACAUUAGGGUGUUGUAACAUGCUGCCAUAUAAAGUGCGCUGAAAGCAAACCUGUCACACCAUUAAUGUUCCGGCUGUUGUCACCAUUACACAUGCAUGCAGUGUGGUAGCUACUUAGCUCAGGAGCCAGAACAGUAGUCAGUGUGUACGAUGAGUGACCUGAAGCCCAGCUGUAGCCUUUGUCCCGUUUGCGUCCUCGUGUCUUUUGUUUAAAGUGUAUUAUCAGGUAUCUACACAUAAAGGGGUGUGACGUCAAUAGCGGGUCCAGUCAGUAGAAAGACCUCAUCAUCUCCUCCCAUCUCUUGCCUUCCAGCUCGUCCUUACACGUCUAAGGAGUACUUACCUUUUCGAUUGUAUUGCGCUUUCGGGGACUUGCGCCAUGGGGGGAUUAGACGCACUCCGGCAGUUUAAUUUGCUCAAAUGGCUCAGAGAGGAGAGACAAUCGAGGAAGCUGAUUCUCUUCAUUGUUUUUGUCGCUCUGCUUCUGGACAACAUGCUGCUGACGGUGGUCGUUCCCAUCAUUCCCAGCUACCUGUACACUCUGGAUGAGUCGACAGACGUGCUUAAGAACAACACGGCACCGAAGCAGGAUUCUCCAGCAUCCUUCCAAAGCAUUGUGUCCUUAUACGAUAACACUGUUAGGUUGUCUGGGUUCAACACCACAGCUAGGACUACUGACCUGCUCCCUCUGACCCCUACUGGUACACAGCUCCCACCAAACUCAACCGACUGCCCCCGCUCCACCAACAAGCUGAUUAAUGAAAAUGUCAAAGUAGGAAUGCUGUUUGCUUCCAAGGCCACCGUGCAGCUGAUUACCAACCCGUUUGUAGGGCCAAUCACAAACAGGAUAGGAUACCAGCUUCCCAUAUUUGCUGGCUUCUGUAUAAUGUUCAUCUCUACUAUCAUGUUUGCCUUCUCAUCGAGCUACGCUCUGCUGUUUGUGGCCAGAUCGCUUCAAGGCGUGGGUUCGUCCUGCUCAUCUGUGGCGGGGAUGGGAAUGCUCGCCAGUGUGUACACAGAUGACGAGGAGAGAGGUCAUGCCAUUGGCAUUGCCUUGGGAGGUUUGGCAUUAGGAGUGUUAGUUGGACCCCCAUUUGGCAGUGUGAUGUAUGAGUUUGUUGGGAAAACAGCUCCUUUCCUUAUUUUGGCAUUCCUGGCUCUGUUUGAUGGAGCUCUGCAGCUUUUUAUUCUUCAGCCCACCAAGGUGACACCAGAGAGUCAGAAGGGAACCCCACUGCUGACACUGAUGAAGGAUCCAUAUAUAAUAAUAGCAGCAGGUGCCAUUUGUUUUGGAAAUAUGGCUAUUGGCAUGAUGGAGCCAACUGUGCCAAUCUGGAUGAUGGAGACCAUGUGUGCCAGGAAAUGGCAGCUAGGCGUUGCUUUCUUACCAGCAUCCAUCUCCUACCUUAUUGGAACCAACAUCUUUGGCACGUUUGCACACAAAAUGGGGAGAUGGCUUUGUGCUCUUAUUGGAAUGGUUGUGGUUGGGAUCAGUGUAAUAUGUGUUCCCUUUGCUAGAGACAUCUAUGGUCUGAUUCUUCCUAACUUUGGUGUUGGUUUUGCCAUUGGCAUGGUGGAUUCCUCUAUGAUGCCUAUAAUGGGUUACUUGGUGGACCUGCGGCACGUGUCUGUUUAUGGAAGUGUGUAUGCGAUUGCUGAUGUAGCUUUCUGCCUGGGAUUUGCAAUAGGUCCAUCUAUUGGAGGUUCCAUUGCUGAAAGUAUUGGCUUCCCUUGGCUGAUGACCAUCAUUGGAAUAGUGGAUAUAAUAUUUGCUCCUCUCUGCAUCUUUCUGAGGAACCCACCAGGACAAGAAGAGAAAAUUGCGAUUUUAAUGGACACAAACUGUUCAAUGAAGACGAGAUCGUACUCUACUCAGGGGGCAUACUACCAGGGUGAAGACAUGGAUCCAGAAUAUGACGAUUAUGAUUAACAGGACCCCAGCCAUGCAGGGUAACCCUUCAGAGGAUCUAUUUUGUUGUACAAAAAGAAGGAAUAGAAGAAAAUCACAGCAAAUGAAACGAAACAGCCAAGAUAUUUCCACGUGAAUGUCCUGCAUUCAAUCGUCACUGUUCACUGUCUUCUUAGCAGUUGUACUGGAGCAAACCAAAGUUGUCCUUUAUCUGUGGUCUCAAGCGCAUUGUGUUGCACGUAUUUUGUUUAGCCAACAGCCUUAAUUCGAUGGGAGCAAAACACCUUUUAGGUGCAGUUUGCUGAGCUGUCUUUAUCCAUGUACUGGACAUUCAGUUUUAACAUAACAGCCCUGGGUAUUAGUGUCAGAUUUAGGUGUGUAACCUGGUAUUAAAAAUGGGGAUUUGUGCGAUAAGUGGAGUUUGUCAAAAUCCAGGAGGAUUUGUCAGACGAUUUCUUUUGAUAUUUCCAUGAAAGGCCUCCCCUGCACCGCUGCUGUAGAUGACCUGUGUCAGGAAGUUACUUAGAUGAGGAAUGUAUUCUUAAACACAUUAUCAAUACAUGUUUAUCCUUCUAGCAAGAACAGAGACUGCAUGUUUUUAGAAUCUCUGCAACCUUCAAUGAUAAAAGUCAAUUAGAAUAAAGCCCAUGUCCAGAUUACACCAGUGCUACCAGCAUAUACCACAGCUUAGUCACACGCAUACUUUAGCACAACAGCAUGGACCCCGUCUUGGGGCUCUGGUCUGCAAUGGUCGGCUUACUAAUAGAAAUAAACAUGUUACAAAAAGUCUUUACAACUAUUUUCCUCAUUCACAACAGACGUAUGAGGUACUUUUUAAAUAAUGCACACAUUAUUGUGUGAAUGCUUUGAUGAAAGGCGACCCUACACAGGUCCUGUUCAUGCUGCUGGUGAAGCAUUUGUCUGCUCUGAUGGAAACCAAUCUCCGGGUUCUGCCCUACCUUCAAAGCCUAUUAGACAGUUUAUAUGGUUUAUGGAUGCAACUUGCUAACCACUCUAGCUAGCACUGAUUUCACUCAUAUGGACAAAAGUACUGUGUUGCUGACACAUUACCCCUGCAUACUGUGCUCAGCCAUGGAAACCAGUUACUGAGUGUUGAUUUUUACACAGUAGCAUUCAGUGACUCCCGACUGUAACUUUACCUGUUACACUGUGGCUGAGCUGCUGUAACCAUAGCGACUCUUAACUCUGGAGGGGAGGGGUUUGAGUUUAUACACCUGUGGCAUUGUCACUGAAAACACCUGGAUUCCAAUACUUUUGUCCAUAUGGCUCCAAAACAGCAAACCUCUACGUGUGAGUCGGGAAAAUAACAAUGGCAUCAUGAAGGCUGUGUCCAUAUGUGGACAGUUCGCUGUAGGCAGAAGAGCAGAGUUGUAAGAAGACACAUUGGACCUUUAUGCUUUCUAUUGCCUCAAAACUGCCAGUGUAGUUUCAUACUGAUUAAUAAAUCAGUGUCUACAGCAAAAGAUUUGGACUAAUUACUGUUGCCUUAAAUUGCUACAUGUUCCAGUCUGACUGGCAUCUGAGAAGUGCUCGUUAUAUGUCAUAGUUUUGGCACACGAAGAGCACCAACGUCCGUUUGGACACAGUUUGGUUUGUAAUGUUAACUGGACUCAGGUCUGGGCUCCUUCUAAUGGCUCAGUGCAUACUGGGACUAUGAGCUGGAGGACUUCAUAAACACUGACACAAUCCUGACUUUAACCGUAAGCUCUUCACUUUCUAAAAUAGUGUAAAAAUGCAUAAUUGCAAGACUUUGUUGGGCGCAGAGUUUUAUGUGUACUGGAAUAUAUUUAUUAGAACAAAAAUUCAAAACAGACAGAAGGAAACUGAUUUAAAAUAAAACUUUAAUUCAUUCAUUUCUGAAGGGAACCAGAUGAAGCAUACAGAUCCUGUUGGACAACACAACAGCAUGCAGUUUCUGCACUGAUUUUUAUUGUGGCCAAUAGUGGAAGCAGCAGCAUUUUGAUUGACAGUUAGAAGCGUGUAACCAGCUGUGGUUGAGUAUGGGGUAGGGUUGUUUCCUGGUGACCUUGCCCUGAGCCUUUCUGAGCCAUCAUUAAUGUUGUUUCUUACAUCUGUGCUUCCUGUGCUGUGUCAAAAUAUCAGUUAUGGAAAAGACAAGAAGUCUGUGUUGAGAAGCUGUAUCUGUUUAGUACAAUCACAACGAGCUCCACCAGAGCGGAGGACUAGGUCAGCAUACUGGAGAACAUGUUUAUUGUUGGCUUUGAUAUGUUGGCAGCUGGCAGCAGCUGUGUGCUGUACUGCUAACCUAGAAACACUUGUGAUUGCAGCGAUGUGCUCCUGCAUUCUGCUGGCUUGUAUGUAUGAAGUGCAUCUGCAACAAGAACUAGCAAAUACAAGCAUCCGUGAGUCAGGAUUGUAAGAUCGUAAGCUUCAUGUGUAGCAGUGACAAUGACGGCGUGAGUCAAGAGGGCGUGGCCACAUUUAAAUCAGGUACAGAAUGUGACUCAUGACGCAGUGUGACUGGAUGUCAUUCACAAUCAUCAUUCGUUUAUAGGUGAGCCCAGAAACAUCUGAGUUUGUAAUGAUAAUAACGAAUAGCUUGAUAGAAAAUAAAAACACAUGCACAGGGUCAAGUCAAAUUUAUUUGUACAGCUCUAUUUAGACAUGAGGUAAAUCAGAGCGUUCACAGAGGGAAAGAAAGUUUAAAACAUACGAUAGUGUGUAUGAUGUGCACGCUGUGUACUCGACACAGCGUGCACAUCAUACAGUAUUAUACCGGGUCAAGAACAUAAGCUACCUUCAGCUGCUGAUGCACAACGGAUGGACCGUUUGAUCUGACGCAGACAGUCUUGGCAGUGGCAGGUAUCCCCUCACACUCUUGAACCUCGAUGUGUUAACCACUGCACUAUGGAGCAAUGGUGUGAAUGUUAUAUUAAAAGUGCAGAACUGGACUGACCUUCUAUUACAAGCUUAAUUCAUCCCAACUGAAAGCAAAGACAGAGAAACGUCUGUAUCAUGACAGCGUAGCUGACCCUACAGGAUAACUAGCUUGUGCAGCAAAUGAUUAUUGAAUGCAAGCUGGAUUCAGUGCAGUUUUUGGCUCCGCCCCGUAACCUUUGAACCAUCAUGAGAUUAUGUCUUAAGAUAGAUGACAGAUCAUUUUUUGUUUCUUUGUAGUAUAGCGCUGUUUGUCAAAAUGUUUGUAAAACUACAAACUAAUU